AUGCGGCGGUGUCGGGGCGCGGGGCUGGCGGCUCUGGCCGCGCUGCUCAUCGCCGUGGCUGUGGAUACAGAUCAAGUGCAGCAGAGGCCAUGGGCAGAGACCACCGAGGGCACCAGCCUGAACCUCACUUGUCAGCACCCCAAAAUUGAUGCUGACUCCACCCACUGGUAUCGCCAAUUCCCACACCAAGCACCCCAGCUGAUAGCAACUGCUGUCCUAGGCACAAAACCCGUGCUGGACCCAGAGGGGAGUCUGACGGUGUCGGCAGAUCGGCGUUCGAGCGCGCUGUGGCUCGGCCGGCCUCGGCGCGGGGACGCGGCCGUGUAUUACUGCGCGCUGGGGGCCACGUGUGUUACUGCUGCUCUUGUUUUUGGGAAUGGAACUCAACUGACCGUGGAGCCAAACAUUUCAAAAUCUUCUGACCCUCAAGUGAUUGUGAUGAAAUCAAAGAAACUGGAAGAAGGCAACAGCGCUGGGAAAGCAGCUUGUUUGGCAAGGAACUCCCCAACAAAGAACAUCAGCUUGGAGAUGCCCUCUCAGGAGGUCAUCUAUGAACAGAGCACAUCCAUUUUGACAUCCAAGGGGUUGUACAAUGCAAUUAAAGUGGCCAGGGUGACAACAGACAUGGAGGUGACCUGCACGGCCAAAUUCGACAACCGCGUGAUAACAGCACAGCCAGAGGAGGAGGCUGAAGAACCCGUAACAGGGGGCAGUGACAGGGUUUGCAACAGCACAGCCCCCUCAGCACAAGACCCUGAAGAGCAGAGAGUGAACAUGCUGUCCAUGGCUGUGCUGGGUUUGAGAGUCCUGCUGGCAAAGAGCAUCGCCUUCAACGCCCUCAUGAGUAUCAAGUUGUUUCUUUUCUCAGACAUGGGGAAUGAACCCAAAGAAGAGCAGGAAAGAAUGUGAACCAGCAGCACAAGGGGGUGGAUCAAGCAGGGGCAGAGCUGCAGACAGACACCACUCAGGACACAAGGCAGCACCUUCCCCUGAAGACACUGAAUACUGUUCACUCCUGCCUGGCCAGCUGAUUUGCACUGAAGAGUUUCAAGUGCUUUUGAUGUUUCCUCUCCUCUGACAACUGAGGAGAGUGGAUUUAUCCUCAUCCUCCUGCUAAGUAGAUCUCCCCACUCUUCUGGCAUUUGCACACAGUCAUCCAACCUGCUUCAACAGCUUUGGAAACUGCAGUGCUCACUCUAGAUAGAUGGCCUUUUAAAAGCACCUUUCCCAGGCAUGCUGUGUUUCUGCCUGUGGAACUGGAGUAGCACUGCUGAGUGAAUUCAAGCCCAGUAGCUGCCAUUUGUAGAUUUGGAUUUAGAUAGAUUUAAUAACAAAGAGUGUGUAUUGCAAUUAAGAAGCGCAUGUAGAAUCUGGAGUGAUUUCAUUCAACUAGAUAAUGUUCAUUUCUUUAUUAAGCCUGUAUUUCCUCGGCCAAAUAUAUUGCAUAUGAAUUUUAGUUUCCUGUGGUAGUGACAAAAAUAAAGAACUACUAGGACAAAA